UUACCUUUAUUCGUAUCAUUUGUUUGCUUCUUUCUCUCUCUCUCUCUCCCCUAACCUCUGUAUUUCUCUGCAAAAACCCGGUCCAAUCUCCUGCUGGGCCGGUCUGAUUCUGGGCAUAAUCCUAUCUCUUGCAGUCAUGAAUCCUGAAUAUGACUAUUUGUUCAAGCUUUUGCUGAUUGGAGAUUCUGGUGUUGGCAAAUCAUGUCUUCUUCUGAGAUUUGCUGAUGAUUCAUACCUGGACAGUUAUAUUAGCACAAUUGGAGUUGACUUUAAAAUUCGUACUGUAGAGCAAGAUGGCAAGACUGUUAAACUUCAAAUUUGGGACACUGCAGGACAGGAAAGAUUCAGGACAAUAACUAGCAGCUACUACCGUGGGGCUCAUGGCAUAAUAAUAGUUUAUGAUGUCACGGACCAAGAGAGUUUCAACAAUGUUAAGCAGUGGUUGAAUGAAAUUGAUCGCUAUGCAAGUGAGAAUGUGAACAAGCUUCUAGUUGGAAACAAGUCUGACCUCACUGAUAAGAAGGUUGUGUCUUAUGAAACCGCCAAGGCAUUCGCCGAUGAAAUUGGCAUCCCCUUCAUGGAGACCAGUGCAAAGGAUUCUACUAAUGUGGAGCAGGCAUUUAUGGCCAUGACUGCUGACAUUAAAAACAGGAUGGCAAGUCAACCUGCAAUGAACAAUGCAAGGCCACCGACAGUGCAGAUUAAAGGACAACCUGUCAACCAGAAAUCUGGCUGCUGCUCGACUUAGUUGGUUGUUGUCUGAUCCUCCAUGGCAUGGAUUUAUAUAGGGUAGCUUUUCUCAAUUGAUCUCUAGGGUCAGAGAAGACUGUUCCUACCUCAUGAACCAUAUAAAUGAUUUGCUUUUUAAGUUCUGUAAGUUAUUGUGAAAUUUCAUUCUUUCAGUUCAUAUUACUAUUAAAUGGCCUGUACAAAUGAUGUGUUGCUUGUUAGUAGUAAAUGUUAUUCAAUUAUUUUCUUUUUUCUAUUA